AUGUGUAGGAUAAGCCGUGAAAACACAAAGGAGGAGAUAAGAGGAAGGAAAAAACGGAAACGACUACAGAGAAACCUUAACAAAGAGAAGACACUUGCGUCUGGAUUAAAGAUCGAGAAGGCUCGCCUCGAGAAACAACGAAAGAUAUGCGACUAUAUAGCGAGAAAAUAUGAUGAUCGAUGGCACUCACUUCUCAAGCGAGAGGAGGCUUCAAGAAAGGCUAGGACAUUGAUUCCAAGGCAAUCUGUAGCGCAAGGGAAGGUCAUUGCAAAAGCAACAUGUGAAUCCAUUGUGGAAAUUGACUGUGCCCUUUUGGAGCCCCUAAAAGAUGAAUCUGGAAUGGAGGUGAAGGUACAUCUGGGUUCUGGUGUGUUUGGGUGCUGCAACAAGAUGUUUUAUAGGGGCAAUCCUGUUGCAGUUAAAACAUUUUAUUCUGCUACAGCAGAGGAGGUCAAACAGGAGGCAAGAGUCAUGUCAAAGUUCAAACAUGCAAAUUUUCCUCUUCUUAUUGGGAUGUGUACUCUUUCAAAGCCUUACCAUCUAGUGUCGUCCUUUUACCAUGUUUUGGACAAGCCUUACACAUUGUCUUUGGCACUGAAGAGCAGAAGUUUGAACCUUUCACAGGUUAUUUGGCUGACCUUGAUCAAUCAGUUGGCUGAGGCAAUAUCCUAUUUACAUAAACAAGGAUUUCUUCACAGAGAUAUCAAAGCAGAUAAUGUCCUUAUCUCACAUGUAAACAAUGAGUAUCAUGCCAUAUUAAUUGAUUUUGGCAAAUGUGUAGCUUUAACAGCAGUUGGUUCCCGUGUGAAACAUUUCACUCCUGAAGAACAAAAACUUUACAAAAGUAAGCAUGGUCACAUUGCUCCUGAAAUUGUCUGUGGUGCCAGUCCACCUUCACAUGCCAGUGCUGUAUUCUCUUUUGGAAGAGUGAUCUAUGCAGUUGGUACAUACCUCCAAUUCCACUUCCUUUGUACUUGGGGAAAAAGUGCAUUCUUAGUGAUCCUGAGUUAA